AUGAAUGGCAGCGGCGCUCACAUGACGAAGCCCAAAGGUGCUCUCCUUGUGGGCUCGGUCCCUCUGACCUCGAGAGAGGAAGUCUUUCGCACUGUAUCUUCCGUGCUUCCCGGCCGACUGCACAGCAUCCCAGACGGUGAGACUGGCGAACGACAAAGUUUCGUCUGGUGGCAAGCAGCAGCCUUCAAGGACUACCCGGACAUAUCAUUCGCUAAGACCUUCGACAAAGAUACUCUUCUCCUCUCAGACGCCGCCCUCGACAACACUCUGGCAAAGAUCGAAAGGAAGGGAGGCAUCAAGACUGGCUACGACGACCAUGCCCUAGCAUCCUACAAGUCGUUCAUCGAACUCCGCGAGGAGGGCGUCAUACCUAAGGAUGUCAAGUUCCAAGUCUGCCUGCCAACGCCUCUGAAUGCUCUCAUGAUGAUAACACCAGCCUAUCGCGUCCGGCUUGAGCCCCUCUACACAGCGGCACUGCUGAAGGCGCUCGACAACGUUCAGUCAACCAUACCAGCUGACGACCUGGUAAUUCAAUGGGACUGCGCUCGCGAAUUCGCGCUCCUGGAGGGUCUUGAAGAUCCGAUCCUCACGCCAGGCUUCGACGAGUCGAUGGCGGAACGUGAAGGAGCUAUCAGCGCCCGCAUCGCGUCGCUCGUCAACGCUGUCCACCCUGACGUCGAAGUUGGUGUGCAUUGCUGCUAUGGCGAUAGCAAACACACACAUUUUAUUGAGCCCAAAGACUUAAGCAUAGCUGUCAGUCUGGUCAAUCUGAUUGCGCAGAACGUGAGCCGUCCGAUCAACUAUAUCCACAUGCCAGUACCUAAGGACAUAGACAGCCAGCCAUAUCUGGCACCACUGUCAACUUUGGACCAUUUGCUACAACAACAAAGAACGAAGGUAUAUCUCGGCGUCGUUCAUGCAGAAGAUAGUGAAGGUACGCAAGCAAGGAUUGAGACCGCAUCAGAGCUGCUUGGCAAGAUGGGUGUGAACUUCGGACUCUCGACAGAGUGUGGGUUGGGAAGAACUCCAGGAGACCAGAUUCCAGGGAUCCUGAAGCUCAUGCACGAUAGUACGGGCCUUCUUUGA